AUUGCCCUCCUCAAACACCUGUUAACCAGGAGCCUACUUCACGCGGAAAUUGGCGUGGUUGUUAUUUUUGAUUUUUAGUAUAAAAGGACCAGCGAAAACCUAACCAGUGAAAUUGGAAUAAAAGCAAGCCUACUGAUCAGCAACUUAACAACAAACAUGAAGAUGAAAAUAGCUGUUAUUCUAGCAUGUUCCAUAGCUGUCGCUGUGUCAGCACCCUCUAUUAGGCUAAUGCUAACCACAGGGAAUGCGAAUCGAUAUAUUGAUGAACUUAUCUCGAAUUUUCGAAAGAACAAGGAUUACGUUUCUAAAAUCGACCCUUUCAGAAUUCCUUUAGUAAUGGAAAAUCCGAACCUUAGGGUAUACAAUAUGGUCGUGAGAGGACUUUCAAAUUUAAAACGAUCUGGUGACGUUACCUUAGAAGUGACCAAUAACACUGGAAUAAUGGAGUUGGAUGGAAGUAUAUCAAUCACGGGUAUUAUAUUUUCCGGGAGUUACUGGGCUAAAAAGUGGAUUUUCAAGAUCAGCGGACAGAUAUAUGGACAGCUCAGCGAAGUAGCUAUAAAACUGAUCUUAAACGCCGAAUUAAGUACAGGACAGAUCAGUCUGAAAUAUCUCAAAGUCAAUAGGUUUUCUAAUUUUAUGAUUACAAAAGUCACAGGUUUGACCUUUCUUUUCAACUGGAUCUUGAGAAUCAUAGUAAACUAUACGGCGCAAAGAAUGAAGGGUAAAAUAAUUCAAAACAUCGAAAUUAAUUUGAAGAACAAUCUCCGCGAAAUCUUGAAUAAAAUCAAGUUUCCCUCGAAUUAAACGUAACGUUUUUGUGUGAAUUAUCAACAAAUAUCUGUAUAGGAAAAACAGUCUGUUUUAGAUAAUAUCGGUAAAAUGAUAAGUUGGGGUUUGAGUGAAGUUAGAAAUGGCUCAAUAUACAAUUGACAGAAAUAAGAACUCGGGUUUUCUUGAAAGCUAAGUUUUUGGCUUGGAUAGAAAAUAUGCAUAUAAU